UGCGCUCGGUCGCUGUAACUACAUUCCAAAGGAUAAAAAAAACCUUUUGAUAAUUCGCUCUUUCACGACUAUGAGGAAAACCUGUGAUCUUUAAGAGGACUACGAGAACAUUUUAGUAACCUAUUUUUUUGACACCCAAUCUCAAACGUCUUCUAGUUUGUGAUGCCCGCUGGGAUGUUUAGUAUCGACAGCAUCUUGGCAGGGAGACCCAGCUGCAAGGACUCGGUUCUGCUCCAUCGGAAUGCUCCGGUUGUGUUCUCCAAUUUGACGGAAUCCUUGUACGCAGCAGCUGGCGAUUUUAACGGACUCUAUUCUCACACGGUGCCCCCAGCUCCUAGUUUACAAUCGGUGACUGGAACCAGGAUAGGCUAUAACAACUACUAUUAUGGACAACUCCAUGUCCAAGGGCCGACUGGGCCAGCUUGCUGUGGCGCAAUACCAAACCUUGGUUCCCAGCAAUGCCCGUGCAUUCCUACAGGCUACGACAGUACCGGAUCAGUGCUUAUUUCUCCAGUGCCACAUCAAAUGAUGUCGUACAUGAACGUGGGAACGUUGUCUAGAACAGAACUGCAACUACUCAACCAGUUACACUGUCGGCGCAAGAGACGACACCGAACCAUCUUUACUGACGAGCAGCUGGAGGCAUUGGAGAACCUUUUUCAAGAAACCAAAUACCCUGACGUUGGCACCAGAGAGCAGCUGGCACGGAAGGUGCACCUACGUGAAGAGAAAGUAGAGGUUUGGUUCAAAAACAGACGAGCAAAAUGGAGAAGACAGAAAAGGUCAUCGUCAGAGGAAUCAGAAAACUCACAGAAAUGGAACAAAUCCACGAAAACAACCACAGAGAAAGUCGAGGAGGGCAAAACCGAUGUGGAUUCAGACAGCUGAUAUAUAGAAAACGAGACCGGGAAAAUCUUGCACAAAUACAAUUCGGACAUUUUGUAAAUAUUGUAAAGUACCAUGUGAGUAGGAGUAAAAUGUGUUGUCAUGCCGUUGCACAGAUGUAUAGUAAAUGUCACUUCUAACAAUGAUAUUGUUAUUUAUAUUAAUUUAAAUCUACACAGACAAAAAUAACAUGGAUUCUGGCCAUAGUAAUAUUACCUGGUAUAUAUUGAAAACCUUUUAGUUGAAGUCUUGUCGUAAUCGGAUGUACCUAAUUGAAAUGUUAUGGACUGGGCUGUAACUGCAGACAUGGCAGGACGUUAAAAAAUAACAUUGAUUAAAUCAUCGUUUAA